UACCAAAGCGAAUAAGACAUUUUUGUACUGUACAUCUCUCACUUACUUCAUUCAUUUUAUUCUCGUGCUCGUGCUCCCGGCGUUCCUAGGCUGGGAUAAAAUUUUAGUUUUCUUUUUUUUGAAAUUUUUAGUAGAAAUUGUAAAAUUGGGAAAAUAUUUAAUGGGUUUGGUUAGAUUAUCACAGGUUCUGUACUAUGUUUAGUUUAUCUGUGAAUAUAUAAAAUUAGUAAUAAUAAUAUAAAAGACCUAAUAAUGUUUGCUUUUCUGGUAUUAUUAGUUUUUUCUGUGUGCCUUGCCGAGGAGAACGUGAAAUUCGCUGCGGUUAUUUAUAGGCAUGGCGAUAGGACCCCCGUUGACUUGUAUCCCACAGAUCCCUAUCGGAAUGAAUCGUUAUGGCCGGUUAAAUUCGGGGAAUUGACUAAUAUAGGCAAGCGCCAGCACUAUGCAGUUGGGCAGUGGCUCCGCUUGCGGUAUUCGCAUUUAUUGUCCAAAUCAUUCGAUCCAACUGAAUUGUAUGUGAGGUCUACUGAUGUCGACCGCACUCUUAUGUCAGCACAAGCCAAUCUGGCAGGUAUGUACCCACCAGUGGGAAAGUCGAUUUGGAAUAAGCAUUUAAUGUGGCAACCAAUACCUAUACAUACUAUGCCAGAAUUACAAGAUGAAGUACUGGCCAUGAAGAAGAAAUGUCCCACAUACACUAAGGAACUGGAACGUGUGCAAAACACUAAGGCUUACAAGGAGAGGCUGAGUAGAUACCAGGAGUUGAUGAAUUACCUAUCUGCGUAUACCGGGAAGAUUGUUAAGGAUUAUGAAGACAUAGUAGACAUUUAUUCCGCACUUUACAUUGAAUCAUUGUACAACUUUACCCUGCCCAACUGGACGCACUCGGUGUAUCCUGAUAAGAUGCGUGAGCCUGCUUGCUACAGCUUCACGACGCCCGCCGCGACUCCUCUGCUGGCGCGUUUGCGAGCCGGCCCGUUACUCAAGGAUAUAAUGACCAAAAUAAACAGGGUUAUUACCCCCUGUGCCAAGAAGAAAGACUACCUGAAGGUCUCAGUAUAUAGCGGCCACGACUUCACCAUUGGCGUUGUUCUGACCGCCCUGGGAAUAUUUGAUGGUAACUGCCCCGUCUACACUGCUACCAUCCUAAUUGAACUGGUCGAAGAUAAUGGCGCGAACUACAUCCGCAUCAGCUACAGGAACGCCACCGACGUCAUGGAACCCCAGAUCCUGUCCAUCCCGUAUUGCGGCAAGCUAUGCCCUGUCGAGAAAUUCAAGCAGCUCUAUGAAAACCUUCUGAAUGUGGACUUCGAUUAUGAAUGCACCAAGCAGUUUCCUGUCCUGCUUGGGAUCUCGUUUUUCGGCGGGUUGGUCAUUUUCGCUUCCAUCUACGUGGCACAUAAGCUAUACUUCGCGAAGGUGUCUUCCAGGCAGCGUGGAUAUACUCACACGUACAGGAACAUGGGGCAACUUCUAGACAACCCAAUGAAAGUAGGUCACGUUUAAAUAUUCCAUGUUUUAAUGUUACUCAGUAGACACGCCCGGCCGCCAGGUGGCGCGCGCGCUGGUAAGCAUUCUAAGGUACUAGUAAAUAAAUACCGAUAUUACCUACAUGAUACUUAAUAUAAUUAUACCACAUGUCCAACUCAAUGUUUCUAGCCAAUUAUAAUUAUACAUAUUUAUACAUAGUUUUGUAACUUGGUAAAUACUUUUACAUCCAUUUUUCGACACAUGUAUAUUUUUUUAUAAUUAUGAUUCGCCUACUAGUAAAUCAAAGUGAGUGAGAGAUAGAGAGAGCUGUAUAAAAUUGCAGGGUCUGAAGUGAGAAAUAUUUUGAUAGGAAUUUACGAACUAAAUUAAUAUAAAGAUAACAAUUGUAAAGUUUAAAUUUUAGACCAAUUUACUGAACUUUCAUUGAAAAUGUAGGCUAAUUAUUUUUUUUAUUAAACUUAUAUUGCUUGAAAAUGAGGCUAUAAUUAAACGAAUGAUAUGUGAGGGGUAUGUUUCCUGUCACGAACGCUGAUUUUAAUUCAAGUGUUAGCAGAAUAUUCUGCUAAGUUGGGAAGACGGGGAUCAUGCCUCUAAAAGUCGCGUGUUGACGACGUCUACGUCGUGAACUUACAAGUAUCUCGUGAUAUAUUUGUAAGAGUAAGGGCAAGUGAGACUGAUGUAGCUAAUGUGUGUUUCUUCGCGAUUUUAACAUAUUUUUAACUACUACCCAUAUCCGUCAGAGGUUUAAACUAUUUCUUAGAGGGAAUAUUUAAUAUACUAUAUUAUAACAUAUUAUAACAUAUUACGGCCUUUGUGGUCCAGUGCAACCACCAGGCUCACGAUCCGGAGGUCCCGGAUUCGAAUGCCGGUGCAUACAAAAAUACUUCGUGAUCCCCAGUUUGGUUAGUACACUGCAGGCUGAUCACCCUGAUUCUUAGUAGGUAAGAUUAUAAGUGUUUCGGAGGGCACGUUCCUGUUACUAUUUAUAUUUUACGUUAUGACAUAAGCCAUGUCAGGGGCCUUUGGCGGCUCAGUAGUAACCCUGACACAAGGGUUGAUAAAGUUGGUUACUGUUCUUACAACCCACACGAGAAAAGAAGAAUAAUUAAUUGCCUACUAAAUAUAAUGUGUAUACUGAUAAUCAGAAAGUAGCAGCACUAUUUGUCAGUAGUGUGCACGUAGCCGUAGGCAGGCCGUAGGCGUGUCACAGUGAGUCCAGCGGUAACGACGCACGCGCCGGCUUUAUGGCUGUAUUUGACGCAGGACACGCAGAACGGAUUCACGAUAGAACAGCCAAGUAGUGAAAUGUAUUCCUUUACUUAAAAGCAGAAUAGUGAUUGUUCGAAAGUUAUACUACCUCUAUGCUUAUACGUUAAAGUACUUAAAAUCCCGAAGAAACCCAGAGUCCAUUCGAUUAUGGUUUAGUCUUUUGUUACCAGUUAUUAUUACUUUAUUUUUAAAUAUUUUAUACUUAUAGGUGCUUUUAAUAGUAUACAUCAUUGUUACGAUAUACAGGUGGCCAUUAAUUAAUGGUUAAGCUGAAAGGAAAGCAACCCAUGUUUUGCUGUGAUCUCAUCACACAGCCUAUUUCAAAAUCUUAUUUUCUUAUCUAGCCUAUAGUGUCCCACUACUGGGCAAAGGCCUCCGUUUCAAAAUAAUCUUUAAUAAUUAAAGGUACUUUUUGAAAUAGUAAAAUCUCAAAUAUUUGGAAAACCAAAGGUUAUGCAUAGCAUUUAUAUUAAGUUUCCGGCUUGACCAUAAAUUAAUAGACGUCCAGUAUUCUUAAUAGGAUUUAAUAGAUAUUUAAAAUUUUCUGAUAGGUAGGAAUUUAAAAUAUCAAUCUGGAUGUGCUCAUAUUGUAGUAAUAAAUACAUAGAUGAACAUU